CUGCGCUCGUUCUAGUCAGAUAGGCUCCGCGACGGGGGCCAGUCAGUCCGGAACGCAGCUGGAGUAAACAUUUGGGAAAGACCAACAAGUCAGCCUCCGCUAAAAAUAAAAUAAAAUAAAAUAAACUGCUCCGUUUCUUUUCAUAUAUACAUUUCAUUUGUCGGGGACAGAACUGGCAACACAAGCCGAAAGAUACAGCGCCCCAAAACAGGCUCUCCUUAAAAAGACUUCGAAAUGACCGGUAGCCCAUUAACAGGGCUACUAGUUGCGCUCUGCAUCUGUAGUAGUGUCCACUGUAUGCCGAAGGUCCUGGGCAGAGACAAACGCCAGGCUCAGCAUCAAAUUUAUCCUCAUUUUGACGAUGCAUCAUCUGCCCAACGAAUUCAAGACAACUGCGUUGAGAACGGUCAGUAUUAUCGAGUGAAUGAUCAGUGGGAGCGGUCCUAUCUGGGGGGCACAUUAAUCUGCACUUGUCACGGAGCAGCCGGAACUAAAUGUAAAACAAAGCCUGAAGCCGAGGAGACUUGUUAUGAUAAAAUAAACGCACGAUCGUACCGGGUUGGGGAAACCUACGAGCGCCCAAAGGAUGGGAUGAUCUGGGACUGCACGUGCAUCGGCUCCGGUCGGGGUAAAAUCAGCUGCACGAUUGCAAACCGCUGUCACGAGGGAGGCCAGUCGUAUAAGAUUGGGGACACCUGGAGGAGACCGCACGACACCGGAAGCUACAUGCUGGAGUGCGUCUGCCUGGGGAACGGCAAAGGGGAGUGGACCUGCAAGCCUGUAGCGGAGCGCUGCUAUGACAACACCGCGGGCAUGUCCUACGUGGUGGGCGAGACCUGGGAGAAGCCGUACCAGGGCUGGAUGAUGGUGGACUGCACCUGCCUGGGGGAGGGAAGUGGCCGCAUCACCUGCACAUCCAGAAACCGCUGUAAUGACCAGGACACGCGGACCUCGUACCGCAUCGGAGACACGUGGAGCAAGACGGACGCGCGCGGGAACGUCCUGCAGUGCCUGUGCACGGGGAACGGCCGCGGCGAGUGGAAGUGCGAGAGACACGCCUCCCUGCACACCAACAGCGUGGGCACUGGAUCUCGCGUUGUGACCAGCAUCCAGCCGGCAGUGUUCCAGCCCCUGCCCCACCCGGAGCCCCCCUUGGAGGGCGCCUGCAAGACGGACUCGGGCGUGGCCUACUCCCUGGGCAUGCGCUGGGUCAGGACCCAGGGCAGCAAGCAGAUGCUGUGCACCUGCCUGGGCAACGGCGUCAGCUGCGAGGAGUGGGACGGGCACACGCAGGUGUACGGGGGGAACUCCAACGGGCAGCCCUGUGUCUUCCCCUUCGUCUCGAGCGGGAAGACGUACUACUCCUGCACCUCGGAGGGCCGCGGCGACGGGCUGCAGUGGUGCAGCACCACCUCCAACCACGACGCCGAGAAGCAGUACUCCUUCUGCACCUCCAAGAACGCGGUGCUCGUGACCACCAGAGGAGGCAACUCCAACGGGGCGCUGUGCCAGUUCCCCUUUCUGUACAACGGGCGCAACUACACCGAGUGCACCACGGACGGGCGGCAGGACGGCAUGAAGUGGUGCGGCACCACCACCGACUACGACAGCGAGAAGCGCUUCGGCUUCUGCCCCAUGGCCGCCCACGAGGAGGUGUGCACAACCAGCGAGGGGGUCAUGUACCGCGUGGGCGACCAGUGGGACAAGCGGCACGACGUGCUGGGUCACAUGAUGCGCUGCACCUGCACGGGGAACGGGCGGGGCGAGUGGACCUGUAUCGCUUACUCCCAGCUGAGAGACCAGUGCAUUGUGGACGGGCUGACCUACGAGGUGAAUCACACCUUCACCAAGCGGCACGAUGAGGGCUACAUGAUGAACUGCACCUGCUUUGGCCAGGGGCGGGGCCGCUGGAAGUGUGACGCCAUUGACCAAUGCCAGGAGCCGGACACCAAAGCGUUCUACCAGAUCGGCGAGACCUGGGACAAGCACAUUCAGGCCAUCCGCUACCGGUGCACGUGCUACGGCAACGGCAUCGGGGAGCUGAGCUGCGAGCCGCAGAACUACCCAGGUGGCCCGGUCCAGGUGAUCAUCACCGAGGCUGGAAACCAGCCCAACUCCCACCCCAUUCAGUGGAACACCUCCCCCUCCACCCACAUCGUGCAGUACAUCCUCAAGUGGAGAAUGAAAAACAGCCACCACGUAUGGAGAGAGGUGAUCAUCCCUGGCCACGUGAACUCCUACACCAUCGGGGGGCUCAAACCGGGCAUCACCUACGAGGGUCAGCUGAUCAGCAUCCUGCGCUACGGCCCGCAGGAGGUCACCCGCUUCGACUUCACCACCAACGCCAACUCGCUGAUCGGGAUCAUCUCGCAAGGGGAGACCACCCCGCCCCCCGUCAUGGUGGACACCUCCGAAUCGGUGACGGAGAUCACCUCCAGCAGCUUCGUCAUCUCCUGGGUGUCGGCGUCCGGCACGGUGUCCGGGUUCCGGGUGGAGUACGAGCUGAGCGAGGAGGGCGCCAAGCCCACCGUGCUGGACCUGCCGCGCACUACCACCUCCGUCAACAUCGCCGAGCUGCUGCCCGGGCGCAAGUACACCGUCAACGUCUACGAAGUGACCGACGAGGGCAAGAACCUCAUCCUCACCACCUCCCAGACCACAGCUCCCGAUGCCCCAACCAAUGAAGUGGUGAAGGAGGUCGAAGAGAAGUCUAUAGUGGUCACCUGGUCCAAGCCCCUGGCACCAAUCACAGGGUACCGCGUGGUGUACACCCCGUCGGUAGAGGGCAGCAGCACGGAGCUCACCCUGCCCAACACCGCCACCUCCGUGACCUUGAGCGACCUUCGACCCGGCCUGCUCUACAACAUCAGCAUCUACGCCGUGGAGGAGAACCAGGAGAGCGAGCCCGUCCUCAUACAGGUCAACACCGCGGGAGAGCCACUGCCUGAGCCAGCCGCAGCCCCGACCAACCUGCAGUUCGCGGAGGUGACCGAGGACAGGAUCAUUGUCACCUGGAGCGGCCCCGCCGGCGCCGUGUCGGGGUACCGCGUGAGCUACGCGCCCGUGGGCCCCGGGGGUACCCCGCAGGAGCAGGUCCGGCUGCCCGUCACGCGGAGCGCCUACGCCGUGGCGACCUCCCUGCGGCCCGGGACCCUCUACCGCUUCUACGUUUACACCGUCCACGAGGGCGUGGAGAGCCCCCCUCUGGUGGGGGAGCACGCCACCAGGCCGGACGCCCCCACGGGCUUGAGCUUCGCCAACGUGACCGACGAGGGCGCGGUGGUGAUCUGGGCGGUCCCCAGGGCCAGCGUCACGGGGUACCGCCUGGUCCUGACGGAGGGCUCCGGCCCCAGGACGUUCCGGGUCCCGGCGACGCAGUCCCGGUACAUCCUGCAGAGCCUGCAGCCGGAGACCGAGUACACCGUCACCCUGUACUCCGAGAGGGACGGCGUGGUCAGCGAGGGCGUCAGCAGCAGCUUCACCACCGCCCAGCCGAUAGGAAACGCUCCUCGAUUCCACACCGAUGUCACGGACUCCUCCAUCAUCAUCUCCUGGACCCCGGUGCCCAGUUACGGGUUCAAGCUGACUGUGAGGCCCAGCCAGGGUGGCGAGGGCACCCGGGAGGUGACCUCCGACUCGGGCAGCAUCUACAUCUCGGGCCUGACCCCCGGGGUGGAGUACACCUACGUCAUGCAGCCGGUCGUCAGCGGGCAGAACCACGGCCCCCCCGUCACCCGCCACAUCACCACCCGCCUGUCUCCUCCCACCGACCUCACCGUGCACUCCAACGCCAACACGGGAGAGCUCACGGUCCGGUGGAGGGACUCCACCACCCCCGACAUCACAGGGUACCGCGUGACCUGCAACCCAACCAGUGGGCAGCACGGGAAUUCUCUGGAGGAGUUCGUGAAGAUGGGGCAGACCUCCUGCACCCUGGACAACCUGAGCCCAGGGGUGGAGUACAACGUCAGCGUCUUCACCGUGAAGGACGACAUGGAGAGCGAGCCCGUCUCCACCACCGUUACCCAAGCGCUGGACUCCCCCACCGGCCUGGACUUCUCCGAGGUGUACACCAACUCCUUCACCGUCCACUGGGCGGCGCCGCGCGCCUUCAUCACGGGCUACCGGAUCCGCUACCAGCCGGCCAGCGGCGGGCGGGUGAGGGAGGACAGGCUGCCCCCGUCCCGCACCCACUUCACCCUGACGGGCCUGGUGCCCGUCACGCUGUACGUCAUCCAAAUCUACGCCGUGAGCGGCUCGCUGGAGAGCCCGCCCCUCACCGGCCAGCAAGCCACCAUUUCAGACGCCCCUACUGACCUGGAGGUGGCCACCUCCACCCCCACCAGCAUCACCAUCCGCUGGGACGCCCCCCCUGUCACUGUGCGGUACUACAGGAUCACCCACGGAGAGACAGGCGGACUCAGCCCCCCGAAAGAGUUCACCGUCCCGGGCUCCCAGUCCCAGGCCACCAUCCACAGCCUGCGGCCCGGCACCGACUACACCAUCACCGUGUACGCCGUCACCGGGAGGGGGGACAGCCCCGCCACCAGCACCCCCAUCUACAUCACCUACAAGACAGACAUCGAGUCUCCCACAGACAUGAAGGUGACCGACGUGAAAGACAACACCAUCACGGUCCGCUGGACGCCCGCAAAGGGCCCCGUCACGGGAUACAGGGUCACCGGGGUCCCCAAAAAUGGCCAAGGUCCCUCUUUCUCCCAGGAGGUGGGCCCCGAUAAGACAGAGAUGACCUUCUCCGGCCUGAUGCCCACGGUGGAGUACGAGCUGAGCGUGUUCGCUCUGGGCCAGAACGGGGAGAGCCCACCGCUCGUGGAGACCGCAGUCACCACUGUGGACCACCCCAAAGACCUGACGUUCUCGGACGUGGACUCCACCUCGCUGCGCAUCUCCUGGGACGCCCCCGACGGGGCGGUGACCUCGUACAGGGUGCUGUACUCCAGCCCGGAGGAGAGGGAGCGCGAGCUGUACCCCGCCCCGCAACCCAGCCAGGAGACGGCCGUGCUGCGGAGCCUCCGGCCCGGCACAGAGUACACCGUCAAGGUCAUCGCCCUGCACGGCCGCAACCCCAGCCCCCCGCUGGUGGGGACGCAGGCCACCGCCAUCCCGGCCCCCACGCACCUGAACUUCCCCAGCGUGGGCCCCUCGGACGUGGUCGUCUCCUGGCACCCCCCCAACGCCCGCCUCACGGGCUACCGCGUGGUCAUCAACCCCAAGACCGCCACCGGCCCCGCCAAGGAGAUCAACGUGGCCCCCGACACCACGCGGGCGUCCGCCACGGGACUCAUGGUAUCCACCACGUAUGUGGUGCAGGUCUACGCACUGAAGGGCUCCCUCACCAGCCGUCCCGCGCAAGCGGAGGUCACCACUCUGGAGAACAUCGGCCCCCCUCGCCGCGUGCGCAUCCAAGAAGUGAAGGACUCCUCGAUCACGCUCACCUGGCGCACCACUACUGCGCCCUCCACUGGCUUCCUCAUUGAAACCACGCCCGUCACUGGUAGCCACGCCCCCAUCAAGAGCACCAUCUCACCGGAGCUCCGGUCCCACACCAUCACUGGUUUGGAGCCGAGCACCUCCUACACCAUCCACAUUUACACCCUGAACGGAGUGGGUCGCAGCGCCCCCUUCACCCUCACCACCAGCACAGGGAAGUCGCUGGUGGACGCUCCCACGAACCUCCGCUUCACAUCUCUGACCCCCAGCACCGUCUCCUUCACCUGGACGCCCCCUAGCGCCCCCAUCACUGCGUACGACAUCACCUACGAGGAGUCCGGGAGGUUCCCCCAGAAGCUCACCCCUGCACCCCACUCUGGAAGCACCUAUGCCACCAUCACCGGUUUACGCCCAGGCACUGAGUACAUCAUUAAGAUCACUGCCAUACAGAACACCCACAGAAGCGUACCUCUUGUGGGCAAGGCCAGAACUCAGCCCAGCGCCUCCGUGCUGGUCCCGCAGCUCCCCAAUCCCUUCCGGCCCGUCCCGGACAUCCUGGACGUGCCCGAGGACGUGCCCAGCCUCAAGGACAACCAGGUGCACCUGGGCACCAACGGGCGCAACACGGUGGGCCAGCAGGGCCAGCACAUCUACACCGAGUACCAGAACCAGGGCAACCACCGCCCGGGCCAGCCGCUGCCGCCCCAGCUGCGCGAGCCCCAGGUCUACAUCCCCCAGUCGGGCCCGGACGGGGCGCGCGUGCCCGUGGUGCGGGUCAACGAGAGGUUCUUCCCAGGCUACGCCUUCGGCUUCCCCGGCAACGACAGCGGGCUCCCCCAGGAGGCCCUCACCCGGACCAGCAUCACCUGGCAACCGCAGCAGCACAGCAACGAGUACCUGGUCUCCUGCCACCCCCUCAACCCCCACGACGACAAGGUGUACCAGGCUCACCUGCCUGGGACCUCCACUGGGGCUACUCUCAUAGGCCUGACGUCCGGAGCGUCCUACAGGGUGGUGGUCGAGGGUCUGAACGGAGAGCGCAGGAGCACCGUGCUGGAGAAGGUCAUCACCAUCGGCGACACAGUUUCAGAGGGCGUGGCCUCCCAGCCGGACAUGUGCUACGACACCUUCACCACCACGUACCACCAGGUGGGGGCAGAGUGGGAGCGCAUGUCUGACACAGGCUUCAAGCUCUGGUGCACGUGCCUGGGCCUGGGCAGCGGUCAUUUCCGCUGCGACUCAUCCAAGUGGUGUCAUGACAACGGCCUCAACUACCGUAUCGGCGAGAAGUGGGAGCGGCACGCGGAGAACGGUCACAUGAUGAGCUGCACCUGCCUGGGCAACGGGAAGGGCGAAUUUAAGUGCGAGCCACACGAGUCCACCUGCUAUGACGAUGGGAAGACGUACCAUGUGGGGAACCAAUGGCAGAAAGAGUACCUGGGAGCCAUCUGCACUUGCACCUGCUACGGAGGACAGCAGGGCUGGCGUUGUGAGAACUGCCGUCGCCCUGGCGGAGAUGUGAACGUGGACCUCGUACAUCCUGUUCGCACAGACGUGGUAGACCGCUACAGACAAAACACUCUGCGCAAAGUGAAUAUCCAUUGCCCAGUCGAGUGCCUCAGACCAGAGCUACUUGCAGAUGCUGACACAGACAAUCCAAGGGAGUAAAUGGACCACCACCACCCCCUAAGAAAACCGAAAACACAGCACCCUUUUUCCCAGGGCACUCCUAACUUGAGACCGUCCUAACACCUGUGUACCGUCAUACACACCCCCUCAUUCCCUGACCACACCCUUACCACGCCCUAGCCAUGCCCAGGGAUCUCUACCCCACAUCCCUCUGCAGCUCCACCUAAGGUGCUUGUUCAGAAAGGGCUUUCUUUGUGUAUUUGUCAUCUUGUUCAUUUCAAUUCUGUUUUUCCUCCCUCUUUGAGACACUGUAAAGAAAAAAAAGAGAAGAGCCCGUUCCCUGUAAAAUGUCCCCAGUGUUUCUGCCCCCCAAGCCUGUGGAGUUUUCAUUUUGGGAGGUUCUUGCCCCACAAAGAUGCCUGUGGGUGGGUGGUAGUAGGGAGGACCCCUGUGGGUGAGUGUAGUGUAGUUUGGGGACCCCUGUGGGUGAGCGUUAGUGUUGUUUGGGGAACCCUUUGGGUGAGUGGUAGUUUGAGGGACCCCUGUGGGUAAGUGGUAGUUUGGGGGACCCCUGUGGGCGAGUGGAUGGUAGUGUAGUUUGGCAGACCCCGGUGGUUGAGCAUUAGUGUAGUUUGGGUUACCCCUGUGGGUGAGUGGUAGUUUGGGGGACCCCUGUGGGUGAGUGGUAGUUUGGGGGACCCUUGUGGGUGAGUGGUAGUUUGGGGGACCCCUGUGGGUGAGUGGUAGUUUGGGGGACCCUUUGGGUGGGUGUUAGUUUGGGGAACCCCUGUGGGUGAGUGUUAGUGUAGUUUUGGGGACCCCUGUGGGUGAGUGGUAAUUUGGGGGACCCCUGUGGGUGAGUGUUAGUGUAGUUUUGGGGACCCCUGUGGGUGAGUGGUAAUUUGGGGGACCCCUGUGGGUGAGCGUUAGUGUAGUUUUGGGGACCCCUGUGGGUGUGAGCAUUCAGGAACACCUCCCAUCCCGUAACUCCCAAUCUCCUGUCUGAAACAGUGGCCCUGUGCCUGCCGCAUUCUGAAAUAUAACGAUGAUACUUUUUAGAAAUGCCCUCUUAUGUUUUUUUCCAUACCGCCAUACUUAACUGUCACACUGUUCUUUACUUGCGUGAGGAAGCUCAGAAAUGAAGGUCUGAUUGUCUGCAUAUGCACGUGUUUGCAUACAGCCUCCUUCCCCACGGGGUUUGUGUUCUUUGCUCGGUGCAGUGGGCUCUUCUCAGAGUGUGGGACCAUUUCUGACAGACACCCAAUUUUCUACACUGAUUUGGGUCGUAAUUUUUCAGACCUUCAAAUCUUUUAUUUAUCCCUUUUUAACCAGGCAUUCUGUGUAAAAGCAAAAUUUUGGGGUGUAAACUUUCUUUUUAUUUUUAUACUGUAGGCGCAAAAGUCUUUACUACUGUGGACAGAAAUCCCCUUUUUAAUAAAGUUCUACAAAGAACCAAA